AGCCGGAGGGCAGAGAAAGAAGCCAGAAGGCCAGCUUGGCAAUGGCAGCUCAGUUCAUACCCUGAAACUUAUAGCUGCCUGGGUGCCGAAAAGUCGGUCUGAAUCACUGCACACUUGCACCUCCUGAAGGGAAGUAAGGCCAGAAGGCAGAGAGGUGAGUCUUCGCAUAGCCCAGGCCCUUCCUCCUCUGGGGAAGGGGAGAGAGCCUGCCCUGAGCCGGAUUCAGGAGACGGGUUUGAGUCCCAGCUCUGCCAGAAAUGCUCUCCAUGGCCAUGGCCAGACAGCUUCCUCCCUCAGGCCGUGUCCUCACUCUGAAAGGAGGGGAUUGGGUAAAGGGGAGGGCUGUUUGUCUCAGCACAGCUGACCAUCCCGGCGGCCACACGGCCUUGGGCCCUGCGUCCGCUGCUGCACGGACCACGACACCUGCCUUUGGGGUGGCUGCGGGAGGCCGCAAGCCUCUCUCCGGUGCUCGCGUUUCUCUUUCAGCCUCUGCCAAGGGGCCCGCCCUGGGGCUUUGCUCCCCUUGUCCGUGCUUCUUGGGCUGCCUUGCUUCCAUCUCAAGGCCUUCGGUCCUUAGCCCUCCCCGGCUGUGCCUCUCCAGCUGGAUCCCUCAUUCUCAGCCUACGGGAGCUAGAGUGUGUGUGAAAAGCAACACUCAGUCUUCUUGGUCUAAAGGCAGCAAGCCCUGAGGAGAGUUUCAGCUCGCGAGCCAUGGCAACUUCCCCAGCUCUUCCUUCCCCCUGCCCCCACCUCCUCUGGCUACCAUGAAAGAAGCUUUGGGCCUCAGAAUUCCUGGACUGCUUUGCGCUCGUAGGUGUUUGCAAAUGUCUCUUAGGAUCCUUGCCCUUUCUGUGGAAGACUGCUUUCCUUCAUGGCUUGUUUGUCAAGGUCUGAACAGGCUCUCCAUUCAUGACAGGCCUGGGGGACUUUGACCAUUUCCUCCCAAUAGCUCACAGCCUUCCCAGUAAAACAGAUGCCUUUUCAAAGCUUCUUCUAAAGUCUCAUCUCUCCUCCCCUUUUCUCCCCCCCAGAUCAUCAGCAAUCUGAACCCGUUCAGCCUUGCUCUGUGGGUCUUAGAAGUUUUCUCUCCUAAUGCUCUUGCUGUUAAAUGAGAAGGUUGGGCGCUAGGACCCCCAAGGGCCUUCCAGCUCUAACUUCUUCAGGAAGACUCUCUUCUUUUUCUUCCCCCAACUCUUAGGUCUCUCUGCUUAUCUCGGCCCACCCUGUGGGCAAUACCCCCAUCCCUCUGAGCCUCUGUUUCGUCAUCUUAGAGGCAGCGGGGCUGAUUGGCUAGAGCAGAGGAAGACUUGGCUUCUGAUCCCUCUCCUUCAGGGUUUCUGUUCCCUUAUCCCUAAAACCAGGCCCUUGAAGGGCUCAAGCACAAAUUGGAGGGUUGAUCUCAGUCAGAGAAAAGGCCUUUUACCAUCAGAGUUUGGAGCAAAGGAAGAGAGAGCAUAGAGGCAUUUUGAGGCAUACAAUGAGAAGAGUGAAGUCACACCAUGACCUCUGUUUUCUUCAGAAAAGGAGGAAGCAUGGUCUGGCCAGAGGGUGGAACUCCACCAGUUGGGGGAGAUGCCGAAGCUGCCUUUGUCCUGGUAGCAGAGGACACCUUGCAAACAUUGGUCCCCCCUUCUCCUGCACCUUCCAAUCCCAGGAGGAUUUUCCUUGAUGCCACGUUAAAGGAGAGUCGUUGUGUUAUGAUGCCCCACACCAUGUACUGCCUGCCUCUCUGGCCGGGCAUCUCCAUGGUGCUUCUGACCAAGAGCCCCAGCUGCCACAUGGCCCUCUCCCUUUACCAACUCCUGGACGAGUUUUCAGUACUAGAGAAGAAACUGAAAGAAAGGCAGGAAGCAGGGAGUGCCCUUCGUUCCCAGCCCCUUCUGGGGGACUUGCGCCAGAGGAUGGACAAGUUUGUGAAGAAUCGAGGUGGACAAGAUAUUCAGAGCUCCUGGCUGGAAUUUAAGAACAAGGUUUUCUCCAGAAGUGAUCAAGGGUCAUAUCUGGAGAUCAUCCAGGCCUGUGCAAAGGUAAAGCGGCAGCUGUGCUCCAUGUACCGAGUCUACUUCCUGAGCCUAGCCCCUGGAGGGGGAGGGCCCUGUCUCCCCCAGAACCUACAGAACCACGUCCAGAAUGUCAUCCAAGACAUGCUGAUGGACUGGAAGGACUUUCUGAUGGUGAAGAUUCAGAGAAACAACACUUUGGUGUCUUACCUGGAAGACUUCCCAGGGUUAGUGCAUUUCAUCUAUGUGGAUCGCAUGACAGGGCAGAUGAUGGCCCCCUCCCUCAACAUCACAGAGGAAAUGACCUCAGAGCUGGGCAAGGGACCCUUGGCUGCCUUCAUCAAAACCAAGAUCUGGGCUUUAGUUGCUCUGGCCCGACGAUAUCUCCAAAAGGGCUACACAACUCUAAUGUUUCGAGACGGCGACUACUACUGCUCCUACUUCCUGUGGUUCGAGAAUGAGUUGGGGCACAAAUUACAGGCAAUCGAGGUGCCUGUCCUCUCAGAUGACUCAGGUCCUGUUGGGGUACUUGGAGGAGACUACUACAGGAAGCUUCUGCGCUACUAUAGUAAAAACCACACAGGAGAAGUGGUAAAAUGCUACGAAUUGAUGACCAUCCAUCUCUCUGUCCUUGCUGUGGACAUAGUAGUCCAGCAGGCAAAUGAACUGGCCCAGAAGCUGUGGGAGUUAUCUCGUAUCCCCUUACUUUAGGAGACUGGACUGUUCUAUGGCUCUUGGUUUUCACAAGACAUUUGUUUUGUCCAUUCCACGUUUCCCCAUUUGGAGACUGCCCAAGGUCCCCAGAUGCUCCCCAGCUCAGGUUCUCACAUUGUCCAAUGAUGCAGAUCACAGCUGAUCCCUGCCUUCCCAUCCAUCAUUUGUACAAAAGUGUCCUCCUACUAAGUAAUAGCCCCAGGGCAGCAGGAUAAAACCUCCAUGCCCACAUGUUCCUGAGAAGCCCUCUUCUAGCCAGAUCAAGGAAUACAUGGCACACAGUUGCCCUUCCAAGCCACAAAGAUUCCACUUUGUGUUUCAGAGGCUAGGUUGGGAGGCAGAGGCAGAGGCUGGGCUUCUGCCUUGAACAGCAGACUUCCAUAUUAUGUCCUUAAAAGUUCCAGGGAUUUUGACAUCAAAAUUCAGAGCCACUAAACCUAGGGGCCGCCUUUCCUUAUCUUCCCCUAGCAGAGAGGGGAGGAAUUACUAGCACCCAAUAACCAGGGGAAUGGGACCCUGGCUCUGCAUUAAUUAAAGCACUUAUUUUUCCUGUUUUUCUUCACUGGAUUGCAUCUUAACCUCUCUCACAGGAUGGGAGAAAAGAGCUUGCCCAAGCAUUUGAGUUUCCUUUCUCUGCUUCCCCAAAUCCAAGCUGUCUUUUUGGCCUAUUUUAUGAUAAAAGGGUGGGGGGCUUAAUGUGAGUCCAUGUCCUGUACAAUGGGCAGUUCCUAAAACCUUGUCAUUCCCACCCUUGUCAGUAUGUGGACUGGGACUCUUGAUUUCCAGGUAAAUGUAGAGGCUGAAGGGAAGGAAAAAGGAAGGACUAUUUGUUCUAUUAGUGAUAGUCUAUUGGAUGGAUUGUCUGUCUUCCGUAUAUGCAAUUUAUACUCCAGAACCUCAAUAAAAAUAAUAGGAAACAAGAAACCAAAUUCUGAGUCUUCUGCAGAUUUUAGCCAAGGAAAGAGGUUGAAUUGAAUUUAAAAAACAUUGGCAGAAAUAAAAUAGUUCUGUAAAUUAUCUUAUUUCUGCUUUGUUCAUCGUAUACCUUCCAACCCCACCGUAACCUUCUCAUUUCUGGGCACACAUAAGUCCACAAAAGACUCUAGCCACUGAGGAGAUUUGAGCACCUCUGGGUGUCCUGGCCCCGGGAGACCAAAUUUCAGAGUUGCCAUGUGCCAGUGGACCCCUGAAGCACAUAGGACAAUCCAGAUGGAGGUCCUUUCCCUAGGAUGAAGUAGCACUGGCUUUAAAAGCACAUCAGAUAACCUCAGCCAGAGCCAGAGAAGGCUAGGGCUCCCAGAAGACACUGAAAACUUUGGGUUAACGUUUGCUAUUUUGAGUUCAUCAGGCAAACCUUGAACUAUGAAUCUGCAUUCCUUAAGGCUUUUCAAUUCACUAUCCCUUGCACAAUAGCACAGUAAGUCAGUCUAGAUCAUUUAAAUAAGAAUGUUAAUAAUCCUACUGAGGAGCUAGGCAAAUUGCUAAGCACCAAUGUUCCAGGGAUGCAGCAUUUGUAAUGUGCCUGUGGGCUUCCUUCCUUCUAAUGGGUGCAGUGAUACAGCAUAUUUCAUUAUUUAUUCAACCAUGCAAGAGUUAUCUCAGAAACCUGGGUCUAACUUGUAAAGGAAACAUACUGGAAAACUGACAGUUCAAUUACAGAAAGAAAGGAGAAAAAAAACCUAAUUUUCCUCUCAUGGCUUUUGGCAAUAUUAGGGUAUCCAAGAAGAAUCUGGGAUGGAGAAUCUGUCCACACAGGUCCCUGCAGUUUCAUAAUGAACUCCAAUCCAAUCACUGCAGAAUUCUAGCAGUUUUACCUUGAUGCCAUCUCUAGAGUCAUUCUCUUCUCCAUUCAUGCUCAAAUUUCUGUCAGCACUGGCCUGAAUAAACUAGUCUCCCUGCUUCCAUUCUCUCCUAAUUUCCAAUCCUUUUUUUACUCAUCUGUUCAACUUCUAACUAUUGUCAUCCACCUGCUCAAAGCUCUUCAGUGGUCUUUAACAGUUUUUUUGUUGUUAUUGUUUCAACUGUACCUUUUUUUAAAAUGUACAAACUGCAAAAAAAAAAAAAAAAAGACAAAUAGAGUUGUUUUGUUCCUACUUCGUUAAAUUUAAUGUUACUUUUAAAAAGACAAACUGAACAUAAGGGGAGUUCAAAGUUUUUUUAAUAAAAUCUCAUGUUCUUUAUAAUGUAUUAAA